CCAGGGAUCGAACCCGUGUCCCCUGCAUUGGCGGGCAGAUUCUUAACCACUACGCCACCAGGGAAGUCCCAACAAGAUAGAUUCUUUUUCCCCCCCUCAGGUAGGUAACUCCAGAAGUCAUUAGGUCCCCAAGAUGCUUUUGCUUUUGUGUGUGGACUCUAAACUCAUGGUUCAAAAUUGCUGCCAGAGCUCCUGCCAUCACUUCUGCAUUCCAGGCUGCAGGACGGAGAAAGGGCAGAAGAGUGUACCUCCCUCAUGGGAGACUUUUCGGACUUUCUGAUUGUAUUUAAUUGACCAGAACUUGGUCACAUUGCUAUACCUAGCUGCAAAGGAACCUGGCGAAUAUAUCAUUUUUUCACUCAGAAACAGAAUUCUCUGCAACUGCAUUCAGCCAUUCCUCACAUACCUCUAUCUCUCUGGGUCCACUUCUCUUGAGAUUACUAGCAAGGGUAUUCUCUGCUUUGUGUAUCUUUUCUGUAUAGUUCCUUUAUUCAUACUUUCGGCUUCCUCAUACAUUUAGGUUCCUAUGAUUCUUCAUGGUCGUGAAGUUACUUAAUGCCUUUGUUUUUUGUGUUCUCUCAGCUUCACUUCCUGCUUCUAACUGCUUCAUCUUCUCAGUACUUUUCCAUUCAUAUCUUGGAGCGUGCGAAUGAUUGGUCUAGGCUAGCCUAGCUCUUCCUGCUGGGCCCCUCCGUGGUUGUUGGCCAGCUGGAGGACGGACGGCCUGCUAAUUUAAUCAGCUGUGGCUAUCUUGCUUAUGGGUCUUUUUAUCUGCAAGUGUGUGGAGGCAGAGCAGGCUUUAUAAUGGGACCAGCAUGCUUGCUCCUUCACAAAUGGAACUUCCUUUGGCAGUGAGUUAGAGAUAAAUCUUAAAAUGAUAAGCCUUAAAAUUAACAAUCUUAACAUGAGUGAAUUUUAGAUAGUGUGUAGAUAGUCAACAAGUAUCAGUAACUAAUGUCUGAUUGAGAAGUGAUUAUUUAAAAGUACAGGAGGGUAUUUAAGGCAUACACCAGGAUCCCUCAAAUGCUUGCAUAUCCUGUGAUAUUUCUUGCUUUUAUUCAUGUUGUCACUUUCAUCUGGAAUGAUCUUUUCCUCUUCCGUUACUCCCUUUCUCCUAGCUAACUCCCAAUCUUUUAAGACUAUUUGGGGAUCCGCCCCCUACACAGUCUUUCUGACACUCCUGUAAUGGGUUCCGUGCUCCUACUCAGUUUCUCUAAAACCCUUUGUGCAUACCUCUUAUUAUGCUGGACGUGUUUAUCCUGCCGUUCUCUGUCACAGGUCUGUUAAAUAACUGCUCUCUCCUGAGCUGGAAGACUGUUGAUGCCAGGGUUGGUCUUAUUUAUCGUUGUAUGUCUAAUAUCUGCUUGCCUAGCAAUGCCUGACACAUUAGUGAUGCUCAGCAAAAAUUUUUUUCUUUUUCUUGGAUUGAAAUUUUUUUUUAUCCUCAGUUCAUGACAAAAAGUAAAAGGAAUAAAUUUGCCAAGGUGAAUUGAACUAAUUAUUUUAAUCUGGUAAAUUAGAAGGGCAUUUCUUUCCUGCUUCCAAUUCUUCUUUAAUCAGAAUUUUCAGAAGGAGAACUGUUCUUAUCUUCAGUAUUGGGCCAAGAUUCUGCUCUUGUUUAGAAAUUACACAUGGCUUUUAGUGCCAUUUUGCAGAAGAUUGGCUAAAAUUUUGCUGGCUUGAGAUCUAUAGAUUCCGAUAUGACUGUUUAUGUUUGUGUUUGAUUUUUUUGCUAGGUGACUUUUCAAAUCUCUGAGAUUAUUUCUGCUAGAUGUCUUUUCAAAUAUUUGCGUUUGAAUUUCACAGAGAGAUAUGUGCUGAAGUUAUUUUUUAACAGGUGAGGGCAGUGAUUCCUUUUUGGAUUACUGGUUGAACACUUACAUACUUCAUCCCUGGACAGUUGUAGAUUGCUUGGGAAGUAUAGAUGCUCUUGGGAUGAUGGUGGUACCGUUACAAUUGAAAACAUUUUGGAAAAUGCCGAAAGACCAGUUUUGCUAGUUUUGCUUUAGACGUAAAUGUGUCUUUCCAGGUUGAUUAUCACUAUCCUUUUUCCUAGUCUGAGGAAGCUAUAACUUAGAUGUUGAGGAGAAAACUCCUCCACGUUUUGUAAACAAAAAUUCAUUUUAUUUUGUAAAUACAAGUUUGAGUUUUUUAGAAAAGUUAACUUAUUUCCCAUUGGGGAAAGUAACCUUUCGAGUGUGCCAAGGGAGUUGUUAAAUAAUUCACUGUUAAUGUUUUCAGCGGCUACACUAACAGAAGGCGAUGCGGGUUCUGAAGUCCGUGGCGUUCCCAAAGGUUUGUUUCUGUGUCUGGAGGAGUGACUACAGCAUAAUGACAGACGUAAUCUUUACUCAGAGAUGAUUCCACCCACUCAGGACUCUGGAGCACCUACGCACCUUGGAACGCACUGAACCGGUCUUCUCUCCACAGUUUCCCAAAUCCUGCACCUUUGCCUCCAGCCCACUUGUUUUGGGAUGCUGUCAAGAGAAAAUGCUAGAUCUUAGCUUUACUUGGGAGUAGCUAAUCCAGGCAUGGGCCUCAUUUCAAGGUGAUUUACUGCUCUCCCUACCCCCAUCUUGUCACCCAAGUUCUAACACACACCCGUGGUACUCAGAAGCGUUGACUUGGCUAUAUUAACCUUUUAUUUUCAUCACAUGCAAAAUUACAGAGGAGAAAAUAAGGAAACAUGGCUGUCACCUUGCCCUAUAUCAGAAUGAGGGAUUGCAUGGCACCUCAAAAUAUUCUAAAAACAGCUCCUUUAGAAAAAGAAAAUUAAUGUGUUUUUUCAUCCCCUGAUGGAAUGGAAAUUUGUUAUACCUUGAAAUCAAGUUUCUUUGCAGACUGUAUAGUAUUUUCUGCCGUCUUGUUGAAGAUUUUUUUUCUCCUUUAUUUUCAUGCUUACCUUUUGAAGUUUCUUAGGGAAAACAACAGUAAAAUGUAAGUAAUCAUAUUAAUUUCAAAUUGAGUAUUCCUUUUCUCUUUCUCUGGAUUAGACUUUUUUUUUCUGUAGCCCUGUCUUAACAGACUGUAACCAAUCUGUGACUUGCUCUUGACAGUACUACUUUUCUGCACUUUCAUCAGAUGAGGCAGCAAAGAAGAGAAUGUCUGAAUGUAUCCAGAUCUCAUUUGCUGUCUGUAGAAUUGGCAUUUACACGUGUUUUAGAGCACUCUGCUGCAAGGGACCACCACCUGCGCGCCCAGAGUAUGACCUGGUCUGCAUAGGCCUCACGGGCUCUGGCAAGACCAGCCUCCUGUCCAAGCUCUGCAGCGAAAGCCCCAACAGCGUGGUGUCGACCACAGGUUUUAGUAUAAAAGCAGUGCCAUUCCAGAAUGCCAUCUUGAAUGUAAAAGAACUUGGAGGGGCUGAUAAUAUCCGGAAAUACUGGAGCCGCUACUACCAAGGAUCGCAAGGGGUAAUAUUUGUAUUAGACAGUGCCUCUUCAGAAGAUGAUUUAGAGACUGCUAGAAAUGAACUGCACUCAGCUCUUCAGCACCCACAGUUAUGCACUUUACCGUUUUUAAUAUUGGCCAAUCAUCAAGACAAGCCAGCCGCUCGAUCAGUACAAGAGGUAUGUCUCAUUAAGGCAACAGCUCUUUGUCUGUCUUGUUUGUUGACUUUUGCUGCCAUGUUGGAGUCUGAAAAGAUUCCUGUAGUUGGAGAUAUGCUGGUUAUACUGUUUUGCAACAUGAGACCUAAGUUUUUUAGAAAACAGAAAGCCUAUAUCAACCUGAUAAAAAUUAUUAUUCACACCCAUAACCCCACUUGGAGACCAUAGAUUUUUUUUUUUUAACUGUUUAGCGAAAGUUAAAGGAUUUAUAGGAAUAGAUUUCUCAUCUAUUUUAAAGGGCUAAAGGCCUGGUCAUUUAACUUUUUUUUUUUUUUUACCUCGACAGCUUACUUAGUUCAUUCUUCUUUUCAAGGAAUGCGUCGUGCGUAUUACCAUGCAUCACUUGCCCUCAAAUGUCGUGUUCUUGUCCCUCUGAAAUGCUCACUGUGGACGAGAAGCAAUGGGUCCUAUUCUGUAAUCAGCCAGGCUGAAAAGUGGUGUCUUAUCUUGCAAGUUCCAUGCCAGCAAAUACCUUUUAGUAAGGACCCAUUCUUUAUCUUCCAUAUUUAAUUUCAUUUCUUAGCUUGUAUCUUUCCUAUAAAAGCAUGAGACUAAUUCUGGGCAGAUAAUCAGUGUCUCAGCAGAGUUUCUGAUUCAUGGUACUAAAGUAAUAAGAUAUGUGAAUAGCUUUCAAAACUUAAAUUAUAGUGAAUUUUAACCUUAAGAAUAGUGAAAUCAAAACUUUUGAUGUAUUCCUUUACACCUGUAACUUUCAGGAUAUGUUCCAUUACUUCCCCCAUGCCCCCCCCUUCAAAAAUU